AUGGUCCUGGUCCACGUCGGCUAUCUCGUGCUUCCCGUGUUCGGCUCUGUGCGAAACAGAGGUGCCCCCUUUCAAAGGUCUCAGCAUCCACACGCUACCUCCUGCCGCCACUUCCACCUGGGCCCCCUGCAGCCGCAGCAGCUCACACCCGACUUCCCCCUGGCCCACCCCGUGCAGUCACAGCCGGGCCUCAGCGCCCACAUGGCCCCGGCCCACCAGCACAGCGGCGCCCUGCACCAGUCCCUGACCCCGCUGCCCACCCUGCCGUUCCAGGAUGUCACAGGUCCCUCCUUCCUACCUCAGGCCCUGCACCAGCAAUACCUCCUGCAGCAGCAGCUCCUGGAAGCCCAGCACCGCAGGCUCGUCUCGCACCCCAGGCGAAGUCAGGAGCGCGUGUCUGUCCACCCCCACCGACUCUACCCCAGCUUCGACUUCGGCCACCAACUCCAGACACCUCAGCCCAGGUAUUUGGCUGAGGGCACUGACUGGGAUCUCAGUGUGGACGCCAGCUUGAGCCCUGCUCAGUUCCAGGUGCGGCCCAUCCUUCAGCACUAUCAGCAUUACCUAGCGACGCCUCGAAUGCACCACUUUCCCAGAAACUCCUCCUCCACGCAGAUGGUUGUCCAUGAAAUCCGAAACUACCCUUACCCGCAGCUUCACUUCCUUGCUCUCCAGGGAUUGAACCCCAGCAGACACAUCUCUGCUGUGCGGGAGAGCUAUGAGGAGCUACUACAGCUUGAGGACAGGUUGGGAAAUGUGACUCGAGGAGCUGUGCAGAACACCAUCGAGAGGUUCACCUUCCCCCACAAGUACAAGAAGAGAAGACCCCAAAAUGGCAAAGGCAAGAAGGAAGAGGGGGAGGAGUCAGACACUGAUGAGAAAUGCACAAUUUGUCUGUCUAUGCUGGAGGAUGGAGAAGAUGUGAGACGCCUACCCUGUAUGCAUCUUUUUCACCAACUCUGUGUGGACCAGUGGCUCGCCAUGAGCAAGAAAUGCCCCAUCUGCCGGGUGGACAUUGAGACACAACUGGGAGCUGACAGCUGA